AUGGCUUAUUCGACGUGCGAUACAAGUGUUCUUCGAGAUGCUAUUUUAAGAAUGUGGACACCCGUUGUUGGCGCAAGGUCAUUUAAUGAGGUUAUGGUGGGGAACGCACAUAAAAUAAAUACUGUCUUCGGGCAAAGUUAUUUUGGUCGCGUAAUGGUAAUGGAUAACCUCCCAUUCCGCCCGAUAUUCCCAUGUUGGGAAGAUUAUUCCGAUAAACAACCACCGUUCGAAAUUGAAAAGGAGAUACUCUCCGGAAGUUGGAGUGAAGGAUUGUACUUUUACGGUCAUUCAAACUUAAAAAUUCCAGACAUGGAUUAUAUGUUGAUCCUAAAAAAUAUUUCUUUCUCAGAAGAAGAUCAACUUUCUGGUAAAUUAACACUAAAGGAAGACACGCCGUUUGUUCAUGCUUACAUAACAGAUAAGAACGCCGUAAAAUUGUGGAAUGAUUUCUUCGCUGACCAAGAGGAUGUACAAGGCAAGAGAUUGUCUUCUAGGAAACUAAAAGAAAGGCUGAACCAGAAUCACAAUAAAUUGUUUACAUGCUUUGGGAAUGCUAAUUCAAACGAUGUUGACGACGGAGCUACCAUAUACAUCAAUAGAAUCGCGUAUUACGACCCCGCUUUAAAGGCAGCCCAUGAUGCGCUUACCAAAGUCAAAGACUAUUCUUCAGAUAUGGAAAGUAAGCAGUGUAUGCUAGGCGAAAUAGAAGAUUUUACCAGAGAAUUGAUAACUUUCACAGGUUGGGAUAUUGUAUUAGCUAUAUCGUGCGAAGGUUGGCCGUCUUGUGCAAAAGAAUGGAUAACCCGGGAUCGAAUAUGGCCGCAUGAUGAUUUGGUGCAUAAAAUCACUCACGAUGACGGUUUCCACAUUGUUCCCAAGAGAUCGACAGAAGGAGAUUUUCGAUUGUCGUUCUCGUUUGCUGAGACUACAUUAAUUGAAAACCUGACUGAGCUGCAGCAUAAAGUAGUUCGUUCUUUUAAAGCUGUAGUAAAAUACCAUCAGAAUACUUGGAGUCCAAAUAUCAAGGAAAUUAUCACAACAUAUCAUCUAAAAACAAUCGCCUUUUGGCAUUUUGAAAGAACAAUACAAGAUUCCAUCACUGAGCAGACAGUGGUCACUCAUCUUAUUUUAUUGCUUCAGCUGGAACUGGCAGAAGCAUUACGAACGCGUGAGCUUCCAAUGUAUUUUAUGCCAAAGGUCAACCUCUUUGGAAAUGUUGAAAAUCCUGAGGAUGCCCUUGAUAUAGCGGAAAAGAUCGACAAACUUUCCCACGAUUUUCCCCUUGUUGUAAUAGCUAUAGAGAACAUCACCUCUGGCUUUGAACGACAUACUAGCCUUGCACAAAAUAUAAUAGAAAAAUGUAACGACUUUACAUACAGGCGAUACAGGAAAGGUAACCAAAGUGUAGUCCCAAAUCCUUCAAAAGAAAGAAUGCAAGAACUGUAUACGUGCUUUGGUACCAUACAGAGAUUGUGCAAAUGCCUGAACCCAAUGACCAACAUGCAAUUUACACCACAACAUGAGCGAAGAGUUCCAGGACAUGCAGAAGGAAUUGCAAAACCUGCGGGUAUUUUCGCAAUUCUACAGCAAUUCCAAUUUGAUACGGAAGAAUUAAUUGACUUAGAAUAA